AGUGACUGGGAGCUACAGGUUCAGUAUAAACUGACCAUGGAUGCAGGGAUAACAAACAGUACUGUUCCAGUGUUUCUUUUGUCCAGUCUUUGAGAUGAUGAGAGAUGAGAGUGGAGGGCACCAAAUAAAAAGGGAACUGCAGGGACGCUCAGAAUUCACACAAAAUAUCUAGCUGUCCAUUCUUCUCCACGACUAGCUGUGAGGAUGGAGAAAACUGCAUUGCUGCUGUUUUGUUGCCUGGUCAUGUCUUUAUCAGGCUCCCCGCUCUAUCCAUCCAUUAGGUUCGGCCAGAGGGAUACAUCCAUCCUGAUGGCAUCUUCUAUAAAGAAUCCUGCAGAGCAGCUGGAGGAAGACAGGAGUCAUCCCAGGGAGCAAGCAGAGUUACGCUCAGGACGCCAUGCAGAUGCCAUCUUUACAAACAGUUACAGGAAAGUCCUGGGCCAAAUCUCUGCCAGGAAGUUCCUUCAGACAAUCAUGGGCAAACGGCUGGGAGAUGAAAGUGAGAGCUACAUGAAACGUCAAUCAGAUAUCUAUGAAGGGACCUAUAAAGAAGAUCUUACAUCCAUCCAGAGCAAUCAGAGAUACAGAGGAGUGCAUGAAAAUGUCAUGAGGCCCAGACUGCUGAGUUGAGAUUGGUGGAUCAGACUACUUUAAGGCUGCCAGUAUUCCUGGCCACUGCACUUUUCAUAACCAUCAUUGCUUGUUUUCUUAUACUUCCUCUAAUCUGUCCUUUAUGGAUGACAAUGUCAUUUUUUAUUCCCAUUAAAGCUGUGAAGAAAACCUACUGCCCAGCUCAUGACUGUGGAAAAAAUGGCACUGAGGAACUUUAAGUUCAAUCUUGCUUUAACAGAAAUACUAGGAUGUAACUUUUGUUUAAGGCUAUUGAAAUACCAAUGAGGAAUAAUGGUAUUAAUAAAAUCUUGAACAACAA